CAUAGCCCUCAACUUGCGCACUGUGCGUUCGCCGCAGCGCCUCAGGGCCCACCUCCUGGGCAGGCGGAGUGACACUGUCACGGGGGAGUUGCACAACCGAUCCUCUCUAGCCCCGACGCUGGUGCUCGGAGGGGAAGCCUCAUCGGAUCCUGCCUGCAAAGCCCCGCUACCUCUUUUCCUCGGUCCCCUCCCGCCCCUCACCCUCCGCACUACUGUGGCAAGCCGGUCUUAGAUGCGCAGCGGGCGCGGGACAAUCUUCCCUCUACUGGGCUCCCACACCCGCUCCCGCUCCGUGGCGCCGGAAGUGACGAGCGUUGGGCUGAAAGAUGGCGGCAUUGGCGCUUGACCAGGGGGAAGGACUGGUUCUGAGGGGGCCUCGGGCUCAUAGGGUCGACCCGCGCCGGAGUGCUCCCGCCCGGCCAGGGAGCGGCCCCUUGUAGAGGUCCAAGGAGCCUACCGAGGUCCGUCCCGGCGCCCGACCCUCCCACCGUUCGGCCCACUGGCCCGCUUCUUCCUGAUGCAGACUGCCGUCCACUAGAGGCUGGAGUGAUUCAUGGCAGGGGACGUGGAAGGUUUCUGUUCUUCCAUCCAUGACACCAGUGUCUCUGCUGGGUUCAGAGCACUGUAUGAGGAGGGAUUGCUUCUCGAUGUCACUCUGGUUAUUGAAGACCAUCAGUUCCAGGCCCAUAAAGCCCUCUUGGCCACCCAGAGUGAUUACUUCAGAAUUAUGUUCACAGCAGACAUGAGAGAACGCGAUCAGGACAAAAUUCAUUUGAAAGGUCUAACAGCUACCGGUUUCAGCCACGUUCUUCAGUUUAUGUAUUAUGGAACUAUAGAACUGAGUAUGAAUACUGUUCAUGAAAUUCUUCAGGCUGCAAUGUAUGUUCAGCUAAUAGAAGUGGUGAAGUUCUGCUGUUCUUUUCUGUUAGCCAAAAUCUGCUUAGAAAAUUGUGCAGAAAUUAUGAGACUCUUAGAUGAUUUCGGUGUUAACAUCGAGGGAGUCAGGGAGAAGCUGGACGCCUUUCUGCUAGACAACUUUGUGCCACUCAUGUCCAGGCCUGACUUCCUGUCCUAUCUGAGCUUUGAGAAGCUCAUGUCUUACCUGGAUAAUGAUCAUCUGAGCAGGUUUCCAGAAAUAGAGCUGUACGAGGCUGUGCAGUCUUGGCUGCGACAUGAUAGACGACGAUGGAGACAUACAGAUACUAUCAUUCAGAACAUCAGGUUUUGUUUGAUGACUCCAUCCAGCGUUUUUGAGAAGGUUAAAACAUCAGAAUUUUAUAGAUACUCUCGACAGCUGCGCUAUGAAGUUGACCAAGCACUGAGUUACUUCCAGAACAUUCACCAACAGCCCCUGAUAGACAUGAAAUCAAGCCGUAUUCGUUCUGCCAAACCCCAAACUACAGUAUUCCGAGGAAUGAUUGGACAUAGCAUGGUUAAUAGUAAAAUACUUCUUCUAAAGAAACCAAGAGUCUGGUGGGAACUCGAGGGCCCCCAAGUACCUCUACGGCCAGACUGCCUUGCUAUUGUCAAUAAUUUUGUGUUCCUGUUAGGUGGAGAAGAACUAGGCCCAGAUGGCGAGUUCCAUGCCUCUUCGAAAGUGUUCAGGUAUGAUCCAAGACAAAAUUCUUGGCUGCGCAUGGCAGACAUGUCUGUACCCCGUUCGGAAUUUGCUGUUGGUGUUAUUGGGAAGUUUAUUUAUGCUGUGGCAGGCAGAACAAGAGAUGAAACUUUCUACUCAACAGAGAGAUAUGAUAUCAUUAAUGAUAAAUGGGAAUUUGUAGAUCCUUAUCCAGUCAACAAAUAUGGACAUGAGGGGACAGUGCUCAAUAAUAAGUUGUUUAUCACUGGAGGAAUCACUUCAUCUUCCACAUCUAAACAAGUGUGUGUGUUUGACCCCAGUAAGGAAGGAACCAUAGAACAGCGGACCAGAAGAACUCAAGUAGUCACCAACUGCUGGGAGAAUAAGAGCAAGAUGAAUUAUGCCAGAUGCUUUCACAAGAUGAUAUCUUACAAUGGCAAGCUGUAUGUCUUCGGUGGUGUCUGUGUGAUCUUGAGGGCCUCUUUUGAAUCUCAGGGCUGCCCUUCCACAGAGGUGUACAACCCAGAUACUGAUCAGUGGACCAUCUUGGCAUCGAUGCCAAUUGGUAGAAGUGGCCAUGGUGUGACUGUACUGGACAAACAGAUAAUGGUCCUUGGAGGCCUUUGUUAUAAUGGUCAUUACAGUGAUUCUAUUCUCACCUUUGACCCAGAUGAAAAUAAGUGGAAAGAAGAUGAAUACCCUCGGAUGCCCUGCAAGCUAGAUGGUUUACAAGUAUGCAACCUACAUUUUCCGGACUAUGUACUGGAUGAGGUUAGGCGUUGCAACUGAUGAAAUCUUCCUCCCUGAAAAAGAAAAAAAAAGGCAAAUAAAGCAUUUGUGAUAAAGUAGUUUAAAAGCAUAAAGAAAAACCUCACCAGUUUUAUUAUCAAAGCCAUUGGUCUAAUAUUGUAAGUUGUCAUUCUGUGCUAGCAUCUUUCUUUUCCUUUCAGUGGCCUCAAACUCAUGCAAUAAGUUCAUUUAAAGCGCUAGCUCUUGAAACUACUUCCAAAAGCAGUUUAUACACUGCUCUGCUUACCUGGGAAGUUGAUUUUCUGCUUUAAACAUUUCUUUUAGAUGUUAGUGUAGGAUUUGUGCAUCUUCUAAGAGAAGACCCAGUAAGUGUCACUGGAUGUGAUUUCAGUCCCUCUAUCUGAACUCUUUGGAGAUUCUUUAGUCCACUAUAUGUUUUGGUUUAUUAUUUAAAAGUAUAAAACUGUUGACCUUUUUGCAUGGCUUUUUGCUGAAAGUGCAAACAUUUAAAUUUUCUACAAAAGUUUUUUAUAUCAGAACACUAUUUCUAAGCUGCCUUCUCUUAUCUGCAUUGUGUUAGUGAAAGCAUAUCCAUACUCACAUACAUCCUAUAAAUAUAUAAGGCACAUCCCUUUUAUGCGUGGUUAGGAUUCUAUAUUUUUAAGCUAGUGCACUUGCACAUACAGUUCGCCAUACUUGUUGAAAUUUAGAUGUAAUGUCUUUAACGUAUUAAUGUUUUUAGAAAGUUAAAAUAACUGGAGUACUCAUUCGGUAUCAAAGUAGUCUUUCUUCACUCUAUACUGGUUCAGUAAAAUUUGCACUCAUAUUUCUGAAUCAUGUAUGGAUUAAAAAAGGUAAUGUUUUACAUUUUGUUUUCAAAGCUAACUAUUAAUAUUUCGUAUCAAUGUAUGUUUUUUUUCUUGUUUGAAAAUGUUUUUCUUUGCAGUCUGUUUAAUGUUGGUUACCCUGUUUUAGUGAUAAUCAGAGUGGUCUGUGUCAAGCUCUGACCCUGCAGCAUGUAAGCACUUUUAAAGAAAAGUUAGGUAAUGCCAUACUAAGUAAAAUCUCCUUAAAAGUAAGUGCAAGUCCCAUUGUUUCUGUUCAGUAAGGCUGUGUAGGUGAUGAACAGGUGGCAGCAACUCUUACACAAUUUGAGUUCAAUUUUGACUGAGAGGUGAGAAAUGAGCUAUGAUGUUACUGGUUAUAUCUGCUUGAUCAGUUUGUACAAAGUAUUCAGUGGCACUACAGAGAUAUGUCAACCCUCCAGGUCUUUUUAGUUUCUGGAAGCUACUAGCAUGAAGGAUAGUCACCAGAAAGUUUGGAAUGACUCUUGAAUAGCUAUUUUAAAGGCAUUUAUAAUAAAUAGUUUAGGCUUAACUGCACAUUUCAACUCUUCAAAUGCGAAGGAAGAAAAUUUAGCUGACAAAAUUGAGUAGUCUGUGAGUGGGUCAUUCAAAUUGAUGCCAUUUUCUCAUGAGCAGUCUGUAUCUGAUUAAAUCUUGCACUGGCAUAGCUUGCCAGAUCUGUGGAUUUUGGUGCAAUAUUGCAAUGCCUUCUAUAUGGCUGCUGUUAUAUAAAUAUUCUAGUUACUUUGUUUUAUUUUAUUUUUGCUGCUGGCACCAUUGAACAUAAAAUUGAAGUGUGAAAUAAUGGAAAUGUGAAGAUUUUGUUUUCUUCUCCCCCUUACCCCAUGCCGCGGUUCAUAGUGUGAAUAAGGCCUGUUUUUUCAAAACUGUAAACCCAGAGGUGUUUGAGUUUUAGAAAGUGUCAGGUACACUUUCUAAAGAAAACCUUUUCUUUUUCUUUUAGGAAUCAAAAUAGUAGCUUCUUUUGUCUGUGAUCCUUCCAUUUACAUUAAGUAGCCUUUCAUUUAGUUCUGAUUUCUGAAAAUAAAAUUUGAUAUUUGAGUUUUCCUUAGAAUGUGGGUAAAGGGUUUUUUUUUUAAUUUCAAAAAAAAGUUUAAUUAUUUUGCUUUUGGAAACUAUAAAUUAGGUUAGCCAUCUAAUUUUUUCUAAUAGAAGUUUAUACGUGUUUCUUUAAAGAAAAUAAUGUCUUCGUUAUUUUUCUUGAUAUCUUUUGUUGGAAAUAACCAAGAAAAGGAUAUCAGACAGGGUAACCAUAUCAAAGGCUUUACACUCCAGUGGCAGUUCUUAAUUGCUUUGACACAACAUCAGUGAAUAUUCUUGUUCUUCCAUUUUGAAGAUACAAGGCCAAGGUCAACGAUUGUCUCAGAAAAUUCAUGAAAUCGUAACUUGAACUAAUUCUGGGUUCAGCUUCACGUAAGUCAUGUCUGACUAUAUUCUUAGCAGUAAUCUGUUUUGAGCUUUAAGACUAGUUGCUAUUGCUUGGGUUUUGAAUGUAUGAGGAAACUGUAGUUCUAAUUUAGAUUAUAAAUCCACAAAUAACUUACAUUCCCUUUUAAAAUUAUGGUUUAAUAGCUGCAAGAGAUUUAUUUUUGUUAUACUAAACUAUGAAAAAUUUUUCAUAGAGUUUUCAAGCUUUUCUGUGCUUCAUUUGGAACCACUUUGCCUAUAUGCAUUGUAUAUGAACAAGAGUGUCAUCCUGAGAAAAACUCAGUAAGUGGUUUGAAGCUAUAUGGUUUAACUGUUAGAAUCUUUAAAUGUGUCAUCUUCCACUUUACAUUUUAAGUACUAGACUUCACAAAAAAUAGCCAAUUUUCUUUAAUUGCAUUUUAGUUGGCACCACUUAUUUUCUUACAUGUCUUUGACAUUCUAAGUUAUGAUAUUAAAGAAAAUCCUUGCACUACAGCCUUUUCAUAAAAUACAAGAUUCUCAUGUUGAAGGUUUUGUAUUAGAAGAAAUGCUACUGGUUAAGGUAAAGCAUUAUAAAAUGGUUAACUUUGCUUGA